UACCAGAUGACGGGAAUGAAGAUAUAUGCACCAUGUGCAAGAGGCUUAUUACUGAGGCGCUUGAUCUCCUUAUUGAAAACAGGACCCAAAAAUUGAUCAUUGAAAUGCUUCAUGCUACGUGCUCUGAAGUUCGGUCUUUUAAGCAGCAGUGCAUCACUUUGGUGGACUAUUAUGCUGCUCUCAUUUUCUCCGAGCUUGCUUUGAUUACACUUGGUAAUUUAUGUGAAAAUGCCAAUCUCUAUGGAUUGACAUUCACUGCUGGACAACUCUAUCAAGACAAUUGUGUGUUUUGCCAUCAUGCUGUUGAUGAAGUUCUAAUUAAAUUGAGAGAUCCUGACACACAGUUGGAGAUACUUGAGUUGCUUCUGAAAGGUUGUGAUGCUGUGGAGGGCUUGGUGAGAAAGUGCAAGAGAAUGGUGUUCGAAUAUGGAUCUAUAAUCCUCAACAAUACCCUACUCUCAGAAUUGAGGUUGCAAAUGCAGCUUGUGAUUCACUUGAUAGGAUGAGGGAUGAAAGCAAGAAAGCAACACCUAAGCUAGUCUACAUGGAGCGCAGCUACCUGACAGUUGAUUUCUUCAGGAAGCUUCCUCAAGAUAUUGAGAAAGGCGGCAACCCAACACAUUCAAUUUUUGAUAGAUACAAUGACUCAUAUCUUAGGCGAAUAAGAGCAACAAUUUUUUCUUACGUUAAU